CGACUUCUCGACAGGAUGACCAAAGCCGUCAGUAUCUGGGACGUCAGCAGCGCGUUCAGCGCUCGGAGCACGAUGAGACGUCACUCGUCUUUUCUCGCAAAGAGGCUCUUGGCGUUCGCGCUGGCACUCGUUUCACUCUUCCUUCCAGCUAGCGGCUUUCCGAUGGAGUAUUCGGGAGAAGAGUUCGUAGACUUGACGGGCACAUCUGGAUUGAGCCAUUUAACUACAAAGUGGGAAUUACUAUCGGCGCAGCUGCGAGGGGAAGUGUGUCACCUCAGAGACGAACAGUUUACAAACACCUUCAACUUACCAGUGGAACAAAUGGGCACAUUCAGCUUAAAUAAAAUAGAUUUGCCACAGAUUACAAUAGAAGAUGGGUGCUUUAAAACUAACUUCAAUAAGGAAAAAUGUUUAGGAACAAUUGCUAAAGGCCUUCAGGAAUAUCAGCUGUUUAAGCAACAUGUGAAGGAGUCAUUUGUAAAGCAUAGUAGCAAAGUGGAAGAUGUGUGGAAUAGGAUGAAGCAUUUAUCUGAUGACGUUAUACAAAGAAUGAAGAAUUCCAAAAAUGUUGCUGUUAUUGAUGAACAUAGGAAGGAGCUUCUUUUGAACCCACUGCAGUCAGACAAGCAAUGGGACAAAUAUGUUGGAACUCAUGUAAUUCUGCGAGAGCUUACUCGUUUCAUGGAGAAAUCUGUGCGAGCAAUUCGUUACAUUAGCUCCAAGUCUUAA